ACUAUGAUUAACUUGUUAAGAUAAUUGCCACCAGACCAGACAGUAAAAACCAUGGGAAUCGGGGCUAAAAUUACUCAUGAAUUCAAGUACGUCUAUAUUUUCCGUCUUCCUCCGUGCACGUAGACAUUUCCACUCUCGUUUUCCAUGCAAGUCGUGGACGUUUCGUUAAUCCGAACCAAUUCUUCAAUGAAACUUGACUCGGAGGUUGACACUGCUUGAGCUGGAAUAAUAAUCAUGACUGUCACAAAGGUCGAGGUUUGCCUUACCCAUCAAACAACUACUCAUGACAUCGAAAAAGAAAGAAAAUUUUCAAAGAAUGCCGAACCAAAAUCUACCGACCUGUCCAGUCAGGUUGCCUCUCUGGCGAGAAAACUGGAUCAAUCUCAACCCGUGAAGAACAUUCUUUCCGGAUUGAUUUUGCUGGAGAAUUUGGGGAUUCAUUUCGUCCUCAAAGCAUUUUUUGUGGACAUGGCAUGGACUCCUAAAUUAGGCUCAACUGUCACCGUUUCCUCCCUCAUGCGAACCUUUCUUCUCGACAAAUCUCACAAAGCUCUUCUUCACACUUUACUCAUCGGAGUAGAAGAAUUUGGCGUAUUAAAAUUCAACAACCAUUCCGCCGAAACACUGUCCUGGACCGUUACCAGGCUUCCCCCACCCUCCAGUAACAUUCAGAAAACGAUAAAACUCAUCCAAACCCAACUCCUCGCUUUUCCUGAAUGCUCGACCGAGGCGGAAUUUUUAAACUAUACUGGAUCCAACUUGUACUCCGUUUUACGCGGGGAAGUGUCCGGCCUGGAAAUCCUAUUUCCACCAGAAUCGUCGCCCCAUUACAAAUUCGGGGCGAACAACCUGUACACAAAUUCCAUGCUGAUGGAACACUCCAAAACUAUUUAUAUUAUUGAAGGGAUCUUGCAAACAUUACGAGCAGUUGACCCUUCUCAGGAAAUUGUAAAAAUUUUGGAAAUUGGGGCGGGUACGGGUGGGACGACGGUUCCUCUGCUUUCCGCCAUUUCUGCCGAUCCUGCUCUAUCCUCUCGGUUCGAAAUUCAUUACAAUUUCAGCGACAUUUCAAACUUUUUCGUCACUAAGGCCAAGGCCAGGUUGGAAACGUUGUUUCCCAAGGUUCAUUUCCAGUACUCGAUUUUAGACAUUGAGGUUCCUCAGCCCAUCGUGGCGGGGACGGGGUUCGACAUAAUUGUUGCGGCUGACGUGUUCCACGCCACGCAGUACAUGGACGAUACCCUGCGCCACACGAGAGCUUUGGUCAAACCCGGAGGGAUUUUGAUUCUUGGCGAAAUCUUCAAGAGCAGCCUUUUUCUCGAAUUAUCGUUCGGAAUGACGGAGGGUUGGUGGCGAUACGGGGACGAUUUCCGCCAAAUGGACGGACCCCUUCUAAGCGAAGCGGGGUGGGACGGGGUUCUAAGAAAAUUUGGAUUCGGGCAUGUUUUCACUGUAGGACAUGGGAAUUAUGGUGUAGUAUUUGCCAAAGGGGUUUGACAUAUUGUAGCAAUGUAAUAAUCUGAAAUUAAAUAUUGCUAAAUUUAAAUUGUUGUAAAUUGGGACAAGGUUUCUGAAUAAAUACUCUC